GGAGAAAUAAGUCCGAUUUUUUCUCAUUAAUAUUCAUUAACCACACUACGUAAAUCCUGACGUCACAAUGCAUAUAGUUCAAAGGGCGCCAAAAUGCAAACGCGAGGACGUAAUAUUGACUUUAAAAAGUUGUCGGAGGGUCAAACAGAAGAGGAGAAUAAAAGGAAACUUAGGAAAGCAUCCAAGUGUUAUGUGUAUGAAAACAAAUUUAAUGUAGAGAGGCUCAUAUGUAAACGAAAAGAUGGAUUGAUUCAGAAAUACCUAGUAAAGUGGGAGUCGUAUUCGGAGUACGAAUGUACCUGGGAGCCUUGGUUCCAUUUGCCCAAAAUAAUUUUAGACGAUUUCAGUACGCCAAAAAUUGAGAUAGAUCCAGACACUUUGCAGGAAAUAUCCGACGAGUUCCGCACCGCAGUGCAGGCCAGACUUUCACAAAGGGUUGGGUCCCACUUCUACAUUUCCUCAACGUUUGAUUCCUUCCGCCGUUUGUUCCAUAACAGAGGAACGGAGGUCCAAAAGGGGAGAAAACUUCUACAGAGAGACGAUUUUAGUGGAUUAUUGCUUCCAGAGGACUGGGACAUUUUUGUAUACACGAAACUGGGAGAGGGACGAGCUGUUUCGUUUCCAAUCAAAGUAACGCCGACUCUAAGGUGGAGUAAAAAAUGCUAUAGAGUAGUGUCUGGGUCCUUGGUUGAAGCCCCACGAAGGCCACUGGAGUCAUGGAAAGUUGAAAUUAGUACUGCCAGAUACCAUGUUUAAUAAUGACGUUUUCUUGGCAAUAUUGAAUUAGGCCUAUUGUUCUUGCACGCAUGUAUGAUUGUGUUCAUAUCAUAUUAGAAUUUUAAAUGUUG